ACCUUCAAUCAAAUCGAACAUUUAAUAAUAUAAAGUUACAACCUUAAAGUAUCUCCUCAAUCAAUCAAUUAUUCUUCCAUUUAUGUUCUCACAUUUUCAACCACAAGGUGCUGCUUGCCUUGCAACACAUAUCCUGAAUUUCCAGUCCUUUGAGUGAACUGGUAAUCAUGAGAAAUGUUUUCAUUGUUUCAUUCAAUCUUUUGAUGGUUCUUUUCUUGGUCUAUGCUAAAAGAUGCACUAAAACUGAAGCUUAUGGGAUAAAUGGAGCACAAAUUUUUCCAUACCAUGUCAAAGCUAUGGAGUUCUUAUGGGGUCAUUCAGGUUAUCAACAUGUCUGGCCAGAAAUAGAAUUUGGCUGGCAAAUCAUUGUUGGCACCCUGAUUGGAAUCUUUGGAGCCUCAUUUGGAAGUGUAGGGGGAGUUGGUGGUGGGGGGAUCUUUGUGCCAAUGCUAAUCCUUAUUAUUGGGUUUGAUCCAAAAUCAGCAACUGCUAUUUCAAAAUGUAUGAUCACAGGUGCAGCUAUCUCAACUGUCUUGUUCAAUUUGAAGCUAAAGCAUCCCACACUUGAUAUACCGGUUAUCGACUAUGAUAUGGUGCUGCUUAACCAACCUUUGCAAAUGCUUGGUAUUACCAUAGGAGUUGUUUUAAGUGUAAUAUUCGCAGAUUGGAUGGUCACUGUUCUUCUAAUCAUUAUCUUUACAGGGACAUCAAUAAAGGCGUUCUUCAAAGGUGUCGAGACAUGGAAAAAGGAAACUAAAAUGAAACAGGAGACUAAAGAGCUUUUGGAGUCCAUUGCCACUUCAAGUGGGGAGGAGUACAAGUGUCUUCCUAGUUUCCCUCAGAAGGAUUCCAAAAAGCCAGAGGGUACAAUCCUCGGUAACAUCCGUUGGAAGGAGUUUGGAGUUCUUUCUUUUGUUUGGUUUUCAUUCCUUCUCUUACAGAUUGCAAAAACUUAUACAGCCACAUGUUCAAUCACAUACUGGAUUCUAAUGUCUUUACAGAUACCAGUUUCUCUAGGGGUUUCUAUGUACCAAGCUGUAGGCCUGUAUCAAGGGUGGAGGGUUACUGCUUGCAAAAGAGAUCAAGGAACUUGGCCAUUCCACCUUUUAAUUCUAUCUGCUUCCUGUUCUCUAUUUGCUGGAAUUAUUGGUGGACUUCUUGGUAUAGGUGGUGGAUUUGUCAUGGGUCCUUUGUUUAUUGAAUUGGGAAUUGCUCCUCAAGUAGCAAGUGCCACAGCCACUUUUGGAAUGACAUUUUCAGCAUCUAUAUCUGUUGUGCAAUACUACCUCUUAAACCGUUUUCCCGUUCCUUAUGCUCUCUACCUUACACUAGUAGCUGCCAUUGCAGCAUAUUUAGGACAACUAGUCAUUGAUAAGCUCAUUAGUAUCUUUAAAAGAGCGUCCUUGAUUAUCUUUGUCUUAGCCUUCACAAUAUUUGUUAGUACAAUUACACUUGGUGGAGUAGGGAUAUCGGACAUGAUCGUGAAGAUUCAUAAGAAUGAGUACAUGGGAUUCGAAGACCUGUGUGUCCAAACCAGAAUAUUGGCUGCAGGAUCACAGAGCCCAUGACAUUUUAUCACCACUUAGCCAGCUCAAAUUGGUUUUAUCUUCACUGGUGAAUUACUAUCAAGAAAUAGUAGUCUAGGAACAAUAUACUUUGGAGACUAUCUAUCAAAUUAUCCUUGUUGAAUUUAUAUAGUAUGACUUUAUUUGAAGAAUGAAUGGGAAAUGCAGACUGAUAUGAGGCAGAAUGCAACUGAAAGUGAUAAUGGAAUGAUUCUCAUUGAUGAUUUCAAUAUGAUAUUACAUUGGUCCUUCUAAGUUCUAACAUAGUACAAGGCUACAUUCGAAGAAUCAAACUUACUACUAAUAAUCAGAAGACAAAAAAAAUCCUAGCCAGCGAUAGAACUGGAUCAGAUUAGAAAGAUUGGAAUAAACUUUGUCACUGGACCUGCUAGGUAGUUAGUUACACAGUAAAAGCCUACACAAUUAAGGCUACUCAGGUGAAGCCUCCAUAUUUGCCAUUCCAUAAUAUUUUUGUGAACAAAUCAUUGAACAAGGCCUUGGGAGAUACUUCCAAAACAAUCUCCAUUAGAUGGCUAAAUUCAGCUUGUUUUUACAAACUGAUCAAGAGAUGCGUCACAGCUGUAGUUUCUAAAAUUCUCUCUCAACAUUAUUCUGAUUAUUGCAUCCAAGAAUGACAGGAGUCGCGUGUAACAACUCUUCAUCGUUGCUUGCAAUUGCAAGCACCCUUAUGCACUGUUUGGAUGUAGAGGUGAAAAUGAGAGGAAAG